AAAUACAGUAUACGCAAUGGACUACUUUAACCAAACUGAUCCGAAAUGCUGGUCGCUUUUGGGAUAUCUCCAAUGGAAGGAAAUCAAACUUUGAGGACUUUACAGAGAAAACGUAUGAACAUAGCGUUUUUAUCGAUAUAAUCAGAAGGAUUUCUUUUCAACAUGGAGAAAUGGGUGUUUCUGACCACGAGUCAAAUGCUAUUUCUCAAAUAGAUGAAAAAAAUUCGUCGGGUGUAAAUGCUUUUCGGAGAAAUCGCGAUAAUACGGAUAUACUAAAGAAGAGAAAACUGUGGCAAAUAGAAUCUUCUGAUUUGGACUAUAUACGCAUGCGAGAUCAACAACUGGAAAAACAAGUUAAGCUUAUUCGAGAUAAUACAAUCAAAGUCCAAUAUAGCGAGCAGACUCAAAGUCGAUUUUUUGAGACAAAUGCAUCUGUAAUGAACAUUUCAAGUAUUUUAAAUGAUACUGAAAAGUCUCAUUCUACAAUCGUUCCUAAUGAUGAUAGUUAUAAGACACCACCUCCAAGACCACGCGAAAUAACCCUAACCACGCCACAAAAACUAACAUUUUGUGACCAAACUAUGCAAUAUUUGGUCAGACAUUUUUCAGUAAACGUCAACAAACAAUGUGUGAUAAUGAAAGCUGAUAAGGUCGAUACUUUUCCAAAAGAAAUUCGUAAUUGGCUUGUAGAUGUACUAUUGUCAGAAAAAGAUGCAUUUGAAAAUGCUAUUAUGAGUACGCCAAAUCCUGAUCAUCCAUUUCGGGAAGUCUGCAGAAACAUCCUUUUCGAUUUCUUUUCCAUGACUAUUAAGGGACCUUUUAAUCGUUAUAUCGGGGAACGAAAAUAUACAGUUGAUAGAAUCGUUCCUUUAUUUAAAGCUAUUCAAUCUAAUACGCUACAUAAAGUAGACGGGAUCGGUUUUAAAGUUUCUAGCAAUAAAGAAAUCAUAUUUUUCGAAGUAUCAGGAGGACCGGAAAAUCCUAUUUUAAAGCAUGUUAGAGAAGAUACGGAGAAACUUAUAAAAGAGGGUGAUCGAAUCACAUUGAGUGAGCUUUGUCUUGAUAAGAGACAUUAUUAUAAGAUUUCGCAAAUCAAGUCAGCUAUGAUGCCAAUUUCUUUUGAAGAAGUCGAAAAAUUCAUUGAAGUGUUUGAACUUUUAUACGCAUUGGAUGGACUUAAAAAAUCAAUCAAGCUCAUUAAAAAAAUUAUGCUUUCCGAUUCUAUUAGUAACGGUUCCAAAUACAAAUUCAACUUGGGAAAAUACAGAAAUAAUAUAUGA